AUUAACUCAGUGUGCUAGUUCCCAGGACUGUCAACCAGCUGUCAAAUCCCAUUGCUGCCAACUUGACAACAACUUCCUUCUUUUACGGUCUUUUCGACGUGAAACGUGCUGAACGAUACAGAGGAUGCCUGCCACGGCUAAGACUGCUGCAGCCGCCAAGGCACCAGCCUCCGGCGACAAGAAGGUCAAGGAGAAGAAAAAAUUACCGGCAGUGCCGGAAUCGAAGCUGAAGGCUACCAAGGCGAAAGUGUUCGCCCGUCCUGGAAGCUUGCUUCGUCGCCGACAGGUGCAGUCCAUCAAGCUGCUCCGACGCCGCCAGAAUCUGCUCCGCGCUGCUAAAUACGCCAAGAAGUACCUGCGUAUCGAGCGGGAUGUGGUUGAGAAAGCCCGGGAAGCCAAAAAGGCCGGCAACAUCUACAUUCCUGCUGAGCCCAAGGUUGCGUUCGUGAUGCGAAUCCGCGGUAUCAACAAGGUUGCCCCGAAGGUCCGCAAGGUUCUGCAGUUGUUCCGCCUGCGCCAGAUCAACAACGCCACGUUCAUCAAGCUGAACAAGGCCACUAAAAACAUGCUGCGGAUCGCGGAACCCUACAUUACCUACGGUUACCCGAGCCUGAAGUCAGUCCGCCACCUGAUCUACAAGCGUGGCUUCGUCAAGCACCGACACAGCCGCAUCCCGAUCACCGAUAACUUUGUGAUCGAGCGUAAGCUGCGCGCCGGCUACAAGCUGCAGUGCGUGGAAGAUCUGGUGUACCAAAUCUACACCGCCGGUCCACUUUUCCGCAAAGUGAACAACUUCCUGUGGCCCUUCAAGCUGAACACCCCCACCGGUGGAUGGCGCAAGAAGAACAACCACUACGUCGAGGGCGGAGACUUCGGCAACCGGGAAGACAAGAUCAAUGAACUUAUCCAGCGUAUGAUCUAAGCGAGUUGAAUUGUAUGGUUCCGAAGAAGGAAGUGAGCGAGGGUUAUAAUAAAACACAUACCUUUAAAAAAACUGAA